AUGGCCCCCUCUGCAACGUCGACGGCCACGGUGACGGCAGCCCAGCAGCCCAAGAUGUCGCUGGCGACCGAGGAUGAGGCGCUGGCGGCCAUGGCCCACCGCGGCAAAGCGCUGCCGGGCAUCCCGGUGUUCGCGACGCACGCAGAGACGCGGCAGUGGCAGCUAGAGCACAUGGCCGCGGCCUUCCGCGUCUUUGCGCGCGAGGGAUACAGCGAGGGCAUCUCGGGUCACAUCAGCGUGCGCGACCCCGAGCACGCGGACCGGUUCUGGAUCAACCCGCUGGGCGUGCACUUUGGCAUGAUGCGAGCGAGUGACAUGAUCUGCGUCGAUCUGGCCGGUGAAGUCGUCGGCGGCAACACGGCCGGCUCCAUCAACGCGGCCGGCUUCUCCAUCCACUCGUCCGUCCACCGGGCUCGGCCAGACAUCCACGCCAUCUGCCACACGCACUCCGUUCACGGGCGUGCCUAUUCGGCCUUUGGCCGUCCGCUCGAGAUGAUCAACCAGGACGUCUGCUACUUUUACCGUGCCCACGCCGUCUACUCGCAGUACGGCGGCAUCGCCAACGACGCGUCCGAGGGUGAACGUAUCGCUCAGAGCCUCGGCGCCCACAACAAGGCCGCCAUCCUGCUCAACCACGGCCUCCUCACCACCGGUCGCACCGUCGACGAGGCGGCCUUCCUCUUCUGCCUCAUGGAGCGCAGCUGCCGCGUCCAGAUGCUCGCCGACGCCGCUGGCCUGCCCAAGACCAUCGUCAGCGACGACGAGGCCGCCUACAACUUCCGCAUGGCCAGCACGCCCGACUGCCUCUAUGUCGAGUUCCAGCCCGAGUACAAGUACGAGGAGUUCCGGUCCGACGACUUCAAGCGUUAG